UCCGCAUGGCGCGGUUGGAGCGUUACUCUCAUUCUUUGUCACUGACUAAACAUGGCAAGAACCAAACAGACAGCGCGUAAAUCCACCGGCGGCAAAGCCCCCAGGAAGCAAUUGGCCACCAAGGCCGCCCGCAAGAGCGCCCCGGCCACCGGCGGCGUCAAGAAGCCUCACCGCUACAGGCCCGGCACGGUGGCUCUCCGCGAGAUCCGCCGCUACCAGAAAUCCACGGAGCUUCUUAUCCGCAAGUUGCCCUUCCAGCGUCUGGUCAGGGAGAUCGCUCAAGACUUCAAGACCGAUCUGCGCUUCCAGAGUUCGGCCGUCAUGGCUCUCCAGGAGUCCAGCGAGGCGUAUUUGGUUGGCUUAUUCGAGGACACCAACCUCUGCGCCAUCCACGCCAAGAGGGUCACCAUUAUUAUGUCAGGACGAGGCAAAGGAGGAAAGGGACUCGGCAAAGGAGGCGCCAAGCGCCACCGCAAAGUCCUCCGUGAUAACAUCCAGGGCAUCACCAAGCCCGCCAUUCGACGCCUGGCUCGCCGCGGCGGAGUCAAGCGUAUCUCCGGCUUGAUCUACGAGGAGACCCGCGGCGUUCUAAAAGUAUUCCUGGAAAAUGUCAUCCGCGACGCCGUGACUUACACCGAGCACGCCAAGAGGAAGACUGUGACCGCCAUGGACGUGGUGUACGCGCUGAAGAGGCAGGGGCGUACUCUCUACGGCUUUGGCGGCUAAGCAUUCACAUC